UGGCUGAAGAGCGCGUUUUUGCGUCUUGGACGCACAAAUAUGAGUUUGAACGCACCUGCGUAACAUGUGUGGGUCUCGUGGACGCAUCGACUCGAGCAGUAUUAAUUUCAUAUCUCAAAUCAAAAACGUACGGCUUUGUGUGUGCAUAUCCUGGCGUACUGGGUUAUUUAAUGUCGAACAGUCUGCGAAACAUGUUGAUAAACUCUUCCGGUUGUUAAACCAAACCGGUUUUAUUUGUCUCGCACUUUUUAUCACCACUACUCAAACCGGUUGCUUGACCUACAUAUAUUUUCAGUUUUGCAUAUGUUAAUGUACGGUAUGGUCCGUCGGUUUCCGUCAGCCAAUCAGAUGCAGCCUAUGAAGCUGCUCGGCAACGUUGUUAGCUUGGCGAUUGGUCGAAAACAUCACGACCUUGUGUCAAACUAAAAAUAGCCAGGCACGCCAAGGGUAUACUUCCAAACAGGGUAACGGCGCGAACAAGCAACAGAAUAUGUAUAAUACAGAAUAAAUGCGAAAACUUGAAUAUGAGCGUUGUUUUUCUUUUGUCCGCCCUAAAUAUUUCGAUAUUCUACAACAGACUAGUUGUGUUUUUAAUUCUUGAAAUUUGUCACUGUCAACGAAAGUUUGUUAUUUACCUUGUUCUGUGAAAUACGGCACAUCCUUAUAAGGAAGUCGUUUACUACGCUAGCGUAAAUUUGACAGCUCCAGCGAUGACAAGCCAUCGUAUUCAGGCAAGUUUAGUCAGUUGGUUUGGCAAUACUACUGCUCAUAAACCAUCACCAGCUGAGAAAACUGGUGAAAACAAUGACACGGAAAAUGAACCUUUGCCAAAGAAACAAAAAGUUGAAAAACGGUUUCAAAGUGACUGGCUUACAAAGUACAGUUGGCUAAGAUUUGACACAUCACUUGGUAUGACUUGUCAUGUUUGUAUUUCUGAAACCAAGACCAAUGCAUUUACUGUUGGCUGCCAUAAUUAUAGGCAUUCCACUCUGGUAAGGCACAUGAAAGCUGAUGACCACAAUUCUGCUAUUCAAGCUACAUCUCUGAGACAGAACAUGUCCACAGUUGUCUCCAAAGUGCUAAAUGACAAGGAAUGUGCAGUUCAAUCUGCAAUGCUGAAUAUAUACUGGUUGGCAAAGGAGCAGAUUGCCUCAUCAAAAUGUGCUGCAUUGAUGGAAUUAUGCAUGCUUCAUGGGUUAUCAUUUCCCAAAACAUUAGGUUGUGAUUCAGACUCUAUGAAAUACACAUCUCACUGUGCAGUUGACGACAUGCAAGAUGCAAUAGCUAAUUCCUUUCGUGUCUCAGUAACCAACAAAAUCAGUGCUAGUCCUUGUAUAUCCAUAUUGAUUGAUGAAAGCACAGAUAUAUCAGUUACAAAGAAACUCCUAAUCUACACAAGAUCUCUCAAUUCAGAAUUUGAUGUUGAAACAAAUUUCCUUGCUAAUGUGCAAAUUCCUGAUGGCAAGGCUACUACUCUUCUAGAAACUGUCAAAAAAACAUUACAGGAUCGUAGCAUUCCUAUGUCCAAAAUCAUUGCUGUGGGGUCAGAUGGGGCUGCUGUUAUGACUGGACGCAAGAAUGGUUUCGUGGCAUUGCUCAACAAGGAAUCAACUGUGCCUGUCAUCGGUGUCCACUGCAUUGCUCAUCGCCUUGCCCUGGUUACUAGCCAGGCUGCUGAAAAUGUUCCCUAUCUGAAGAAAUUUCAAGGGACAUUAUCAGACAUUUUCUAUUUCUUCAAGAAAUCCUCUGUCCGACGGGAACGUCUUUAUGCACUAGAGGAGGUGCUUGAAUGCGAAAAUGUCACAUACAAAGAAAUUCACAGCGUCAGAUGGUUUUCAAUCUACAAUGCUUUGGAGGCUGUGUUUAGGACUUGGAAGCCCUUGGCUCUGUUCUUGGAGAGUGAGCGGGUGGAAACAAACAACAGUACUGCCAAAGGCAUCUUGCAGCGCAUUUCCUCUUACAAGUUCCUUCUUGUCCUUCACCUUCUGAUGGACAUCAUCCCCACCAUGACCAGACUAAGCCUCCAGUUUCAGAAGGAGGACAUAGACCUUGCUGCACUGAGGCCAUCCAUUGAUGCUGUUAUACAGCAACUGCAGUAUUUGAAGGAAGAAAAUGGACCGGCACUUGUACAGUUUGAAAGUCAGUGUCCAAAGGGAAGCUGCGAGUUUGAUGGUGUCCCAAUAACAUCAGAGGCUGGCGUUGAGAAGCGGUUCUCAAAUGUUCGGGCUGCUUUCCUGCAAAACCUAAUGAGCGAGCUUGAGUGCAGAUUCCCAGCUGUGGCCACUGAUGUUGUGACAUGCAUGUCAGUACUGUCACUGAGGGGACUCUCUUUCUUGUCUGAAGAUGCUAGAAAACACUGGGGUACAGAACAACUUCAAAACAUCAUUGACUUCUACAGUCAUCGUGAGAAGACCUUUGUAGAUGCUGAGGAGACCCUGAGAGAAUGGGCAAUGUGCAAGGAUAUGGUGCAUCAGCAGCAUUAUCCUUGUACAAGUAUCUGUCAGUUAUGGCAGAUACUGUCGUCAAGACACCCUGAUACAUUUCCAAAUCUGUUCAAGAUUGCACAAGUUGCUGUCCUGUUGCCCCUUCAAACAGCAACUGUUGAGAGGGGUUUCAGUGUUCAAAACCUCAUAAAGAGGUCACACAGAAACAGGCUAUCAUCAGAGCGGCUUGACACGCUGAUGCAGCUGGCUCUAGAGCCUCCUGUAAGGGAUGUUUCUCUUGCACCAGCCGUCACCAAAUGGAGAAGUGACAAAAAGAGAAAGCUGUUUUGCUAAAACUAAUGUUGUUGAUGUUUUCGCAGUUCCAAAUUGAAAUCUG